CCCAGCAGAAAGACCAAGAUACUAGAUUGAAAAAAUCCUCCCCACCCGAGAAUCAAACUCAGGUCUCCAACAUGCAACGAUAAUUGGCUUACCCACUACACCACAGACAGUGGUCUGUACACCACAGACAGUGGUCUGUAUCGUGGUUCUAGAAAAACCGAGUGUUUUGCUGCUGUCUGCUGCGGCGAUGGCCACGUCCCAAGAUACGGUCAGUUCUGGCCUGCCUCCGUCUGACUGGAUGGCCGAGCUGCCGGAGAAGCUACACACCUGGCCCCUCAUGAAGCUGGCAAUACCAGGUUCCCACAACUCUGCCACGUUUGGCAUCGACCCAAAGGCCGAGUGUGCUCCGGACGCCCCGACAAACGUCGCGAACAGCGUGCGUGUGCCGGUGCUUGGUGAGGCCGUGAGGGCCGUCUGCCGGGCCUGGUCGGUAUGUCAGAAGCUGGACUUCCGGCAGCAGCUGGAGUCUGGCAUCCGCUACUUUGACCUCCGCAUCUCCACAAAACCUGGAUCAGAGGACUUUUAUUUUGUGCACACGUUGUACGGGCCAAAGCUGAGCGAGAUGCUGGAGUCGGUGAGCUCGUACCUGUCGGAGCACAGGAAGGAAGUGGUUCUGCUGGACCUGAACCACUUCUACGGCAUGGAGGAGGAGCACCACGCCAUGCUGCUCUCGCUGCUCACCUCGCACUUCGGGGAGAAGCUGAUGCCGUGUGGGGACCCGCGCCAGGUCACGCUGAGGCACAUGUGGGACCUCGACAAGCAGGUCCUUGUGUUCUACCAGCACGACCUGGCUUCUAGCUUCACGGAGGUGUGGCCGGCGUCCUCCAUCAUCGCCCCCUGGGCCAACACGCCCCACGAGGAGCAGUGCCUACAGUUCCUGUCCCAGCGGUUUGACCAGCCACAGCCCGACCACUUUGUUGUCUGUCAAGGUAUCCUGAGCCCCACCCCCAGCCACUUCCUCAACGUGUCCAGCAGUCUGGAGUCCAUGGUGUGUCGCUUCCGGCCCCGCAUCUAUUCCUGGAUCAGCCAGCGCGCGGCCACACACCCGUACAGCCUCAACAUUGUCAUGGUGGACUUCGCCCAGGGCGGGGACUUUGUGCAGAGGGUGCUGAGUUUGAACCUGACGCGAGCUGAGGCAAAAUGAGGGCACGGACCGAGAGGAAUUCUUACUUCAUCAUUACCGGGACAGUGACAGUGAAAGGACGCUGCUGAUUGUGUCAUGUGUGUGUGCUGGUGUGUGGCAGACUGUCAUAGGAUGUGUGUUGUAUUGGAUGUGUCAUAUCGCAUUGUGCCACAUAAGAUGUGUCAUAUCAUAUAUUGUGCCUCAUAAGGUGUGUCAUAUCAUAUGUGUCACAUAAGGUGUGUCUUAUCCUAUUGUGCCAUACAAAAUGUGCUAUAGCUUGUUCACUUUCGUCUGACCGCGGUUAAAAACGGAAUAAAAACAAAUUUCCGUGUUUA